CGGGGGACCUCAGCAGGUCUAGGCUUGUUGUUCACUAAAAGUCGCGAAGUGGGCUGUCAUAGUGUUCUAGGCUGUGGAGGUGAACAGAGAGGAAAGGUGUUCAGUGCCCGAGAGGGAGGAAGAGCUGAUAUGUCGCAAUGGGCAGAUUUGUUACAACACCGGACUGUGCUAAACUAUAUCAAAGUGUACAGCAGACUUCCUGAACCACACUGAUCCAGCAAGUGACAUGUUUAUGUGUGGAUCGUCAAAUACCUGUAGAUAAUUGACACGUAUAUCGUAAUUCUACCCUGUCACUCACUUAUUUAAUGGCACCGGUCGGGUGACAAAAGUUCUCUAUGUUUGUAAGCGCGCACACGCACGCUUUAGUAUUUGUAGAUAUAUAUAUAUACACAGAAGGCUUUGAAUUGCUAACUGGUUUGCAAAAUGUCAUUUAAAAAACAUUCUUACUUCCUGGAAAGAUUGUGCCUAUAUUUAAAUCAGCAAUGCUUACUUAAUAUUGAGAGGGGCAAGGAAGGGAGGAGAGCCAUUGAGACUCACACGUAAGAUCAGGUAGCCUGGAAAGGACACUCAAAUGAUGAGAUAGAAAACUAGGUUGUGAUUGUCUGAUGAAAAGUGACGAUGUUAGUGCAGCACGGAGCUCUGUCAGCCUUUGCACCUUGGUUGUCACGAAGUCCUUCGCACGAAAAAGCAAUAGGAGCUGACUGAUUUGUUCACCCUUGCAGCCUACAGCUAGCCAUUGUACAGACCGCGUGUAAUGUAUAUAUGUACCCAAGUCAUUAUCGAAGGUUUGUCACCACAAGGACGAAAGCACUCACAUCUUCACACAUACCAGUCUACUUUUUUUUGUAACCUUUUAUAGCCCUCCACGCCUUACUGCUUUUGUUGACGAGCAUACAGAGAAACACGACCUGCGUGGGAAAGACUCAACAGGAAUGUGGUGGAGAGAAAGGUGAUCGUUACAAAACCAAAACAAAAAAGUCCUCAGCUGGUUUUAGAGGUCUAGAUAAAUAUAUAAUUUAUUUUAAAUGAUUUGGCUAAGUUCAGCACAAGAUAGUUUUCCAAUAAUUAUAAAACACUUGUAAGCAUAUUACGAGUCGGUUCCAAGACAGAUUUGGCAGGUAUCCAAAUCUGGGAGGUAGCAGAAUAGUUGUCAGUAAAGUAAGCAGAUAGGGGUAUGGGUCUGGACAAUAGCCUUCAUACACUUGUUCUCAUUACUAUAUACAAUAACUUUUUAUUUUGACUUAAAUAACAUCCUUGAUUUGAAAACGAACGGUAGAGGUCAGUUAAAGUGUAGAAGAAAAAAUCUACAGGUAACGCCUCCUGAUUUAAAAUUUUUCACCUUUGAAUGACUAGUGCUCAACAGCUAAAAUAACGAGAUAGGAGUGGUACGAUCGCUUUUCUAGGAAUUCACCUGCGGGUUGAGCGUGUUUUAAAAAGGUUACACGGUAGGUGUGUACAUUUGCCAGGUCUUGUUGACAGACAUGCAAGAUUCUCCGUCGCUUUUCAAAUGUGGGGAGGCUUUCUGGUGACCCCUUGCAAUCCAGGAACUAUAUUUCAUUAUAUAGCCAAACUUUCUCAUUCAAUAGCGUUCUGCUAAAGACAUGAAGCUGGAGGGAGGCGCAAACAUGCGAUAGCUCUGUAGUUCAUUGGUGUGUAUAUACAAAUAGAAUUAAGUAAAUAUAUAUGCAGUCAAAAACCAGUGCUUACUCAGUGGAUGAGCCAGAAACUCUGAACCAUGAAGAUGUCUAGUAAGUAACAGUUCUUCCAAGUAUUAGUUUUUUUAAAUUCGUUAGCAUUAAAUAUUAAGUAGUUUCUUUCAGGUUUGUUUACUAAAGAUUAACACAUAUGUGACGUAAAUAUGUGUCUGACUUUUUUUUUUCUUUUUGUAGGGGAGAAUAUUACUGCAUUCAGCAGGGCAGCUUAUUUCAUACAACACAACAUUCUGCAUUUAUACUUUUACGUCUUUACAGGAUGCUUCAUUGAUUCACCAGAUGACUGUAUCACCCCAGCCCAGACAUCUUAUCAAGUUAAUGAACGCUCACCAUUACAGAUAAAAUAGUUUCUGAAGAAUGGCCUUCAAUUCUUUUUUUUUCCAGCAACUCACCAGGUCAACUAUUAAGUCUGAUCAAUAAAUCUCUGCUUAUAUAUUUAUAUAAAAACUAUGAAUGUUCUCCACAGCUAUUACCAACUAUUAUACCCCCUUUAACUCUUGUGUUUGUCGAUGUAACCCCUCCCUCUAGCAAACUGUGUUUAAAAAAAUAAUAAAUCAUUUAAAAGCUAAAAACAUAACUUCCAAGAACAGUACACUUUAACACAUUUUAAAAAAAUAAGUUUUAGAAAAAGUGUCAUUUUUCACUGGUGACAUUAGAAUGUCUAGUCACAUAUCCUAUCGGGGGCCCGAGUCAGGACCACGUUAGGUCGACAAUACACGUAGCACAGGACAUAGCCAUAAGUGACUGUAAUAUGUCAUGUGAAACACGUCAGUAAGCGCAGUUUAGUGCCUAGCGACACCUUUCAGAGAUAGUUUUAGUGAUGAGAGCGAGUGAAAUGCUCGUACUUCUUCCGGUUACACAAGUCCGCGGUUGUACUGCGUGUGAGAGUUCAAGGUCAUGCGUAUGAAUACAUGGAUCAAAAUUUUGUAAAGAGCUGAUGUAGUUGACGCUACCGGUAAUUUUCGGACAAACAUGAAUUUCGGCCUUGAUUCUGAUGCUAAACAAGUAAAAUGUAACGAGUUUAUACAUUUUCUGAAUUUAUAGUAAAGCCGUUUCAGCCACUCUGUCAGUUUUCGCAUGGCUUCUCUGCAAAUAUGACCCCGUUAAAAAAAAAAACCCUAGUAUGUAAUGUACGAGCUUCUUGUAUACAUUUCAAAGAGAUCCGGCACGAUGCGUUUCACAUGCGAUACACAAUUUAAGGGCGUCACUCAGCUGGCGGACGAACAAGCCUCGUGCAUGCCAUUGAAGUACUCAGAGCUCUCGGUAUUUGCGCUGUUUUCUCGACAGUAUGGACAAGAAAGAAACUUCGGCUGUACCACAACCGGUGUCGUGUAGGUAAAGUCUAUACGAAGCAAAAAGAAAUGCAAUCGACAGUACUGACCCACACUAACUGCCAAAACACCUAUUAUCCAUCGACCACGACGACUUGCCGUGCACCACAAUAUUGUGGAGCACCUUGUUUUUGCUAAAAGCACCUUCACGAUGAAAGAAUUGAAAGCAUGUAAACGCUGUCCUCCAUGCAUAGUGACGUCACGCAACGGGUCUAUAGCAAUAUCUUUUGUUAAAAGUCAUGUGAAUACAAAAUAAGAUGCACCAACAUUUACCUUCUCAAACGAGUUGUGCACUCUUUAUUUAACCGACAAUCUUUGCUACAAUUUUACAACACUUCUCACAGGUUAAGGAAUAAAAUUAGAGAAUCGACACUAUUGUUACAAUCAGUGCAGAUACAACUCUCUUCGUCACGAACUUUAUAUGACGAAUCAAUCCGCACAACAAAAUUCGACAAGAAAUUAUUUAUCAUUAUAUCAUUCAGCAUCAAUCAAAUUUUUUUUAAAUACAUUGAUUUUGUGAAAUUCUAUCAAAGUAGACUAUUCAAACACUUUUUAUUACUUUAGUGGAAUUGUUAUGUUUAAAUAUUAUGUGUCUGUUCGAGCAUAUGCAGCCAUCUUGCACACAUUUUCCGCGUGAAUGAUGCCUUCUGAAAACUUAGUGACUCAGCUUGGAUCUGUGGCACUCAUUUAUUAUAUCUUACCUUCAGCACUGUAUUCUAUGCGGUUAGUCCAUCCACCCUGCAUCCCCUUUCACCCCACACUUUGUAGCACAAGCGGCGCAAGACAGACUGCAACAGCAGGUGACAUAAUACCCAAACUGUCCAGUACAAAUAGUGGGCGAAAAUCAGUACUCACACCUGUUUUCCGGGCCGUGAACUGGUUUUGCUUGCUAUGGCAGCAAAAUUUUAAGAUGUUGCUAAUUGGAGUAGACUUUAGCUGUCCUCCAUAUUUCACAGAUGGAGAAAAUCUUGUCAGUUGCAAGAUCAACAGAACAGCUAUCAUACAGGCGGAGUGCGAAGCCGUGCAAAAGUAUGUGACAUUUGAGCGGACAGGGAUCGCCAUAUGCCGUACGCCAAGCCUUAAUUCCUCAAACUGUUCCCCUGUCAUGAAGCCUGUCACCAAUUCGUGUUGGUGUAAUGGAACAGAUGGGGAGAUCUUUGACUACAAGUUUGCUUACCUGGCCAGUCCAAGCCGUGAUGCAGGUGUUCAGCUUGAAUGCAAGGUUUGCUUUGACCCAGGCAAGGAUCUGAUUAGGAAAUCCAGUGAAAGCUGCAAAAAUAUAAGUUUCGCUAACACAGCUUCAGAUGUCCACACGAUUACCCCUAUAAUUGUUGGUGCCUGUGUUGGAACAUUAUUACUGGUGCUGGUUUCAGUUAUUGUCAUAUUUUUAUUCCGUAAAUAUCACCAUAACAGGCUGUGCGGGUAUGCUAAUCCACAGGAGACAUGAAAUGAGGGACUUUUUUCGGCCUACACCAGCAAUUUUCAAACUAAUAAGAACUAGUAUCUUCAUGUUCUAAAAAAUUGCAUAUUUUGUGCUCUCUGUGAGUGCCUGCAUACUCGCAGAUGUACAAAAAUCAUUCCACAUUUGUAAGAAAGCUUCUCGAUGAUGCAGAAUGUACAAAAAUGCUGGUCGGUAAAUAUCACACAAAAAGCACAAUAUGGCAUGGCCUCUUUGUCUAUGACGAGUUUCAUUUUCUCAGCUUGUCUGGUGGACAUGUUAUACUUGGUGCGAUCUGUCAAACUGACAACCUUAGGGGUAGGUGGGGGGUGAGGUGGUAAGGACAGAGAAAUUACUAUCUUUUACAGGUGAUACACACGGCUGCCAGUGCCACAUACGUAUGUAGUACAAGGUCUUGUAAUAUCCGCUGAUGCAAGAAAAUGGUUCAUCUGAUACGACACUCAAGAAAUGGAGAGUAUGGGCACUUUAUCAAUAUCAAUUUAAACUGGCAGUAUAACAAAGUUAUGUACAAAGAAAGAAUCUGGCCCUUAAUGAAUCAGUGACAAGCAGAACGCCAUGUAACAAGAUGGAUAUAUAUAUAUGUAAUGUACAUUGAGACAAAAAAAUUGUCAAAGAUCAUUUUCCAGUAUAAUUUUUUGUGGAUGUAUUGUGUAAACACAUGAUUUUUCUGGUUUAAUGUUUGCUCUGCAUAAUCUUAUGUGGAUCGCAUCUCAAUAUUAGAGGCCUACCAUUCCGUCUCUUGGAAGUAGGUAAAGCCAUCUUCUUUUUCCAAUCUUGAAGAGGCGAACAUUAUAUUUUGUGGAUCUACAAGUGAACUUGGGCAAAUGUUGCCAAAGCUCAGGAGUACCUAUAAGCUGAUACAAUAUAAAAGCUUUUGAUAUUGUGUGGAAAGAAUGAAUUCUUUGGAUAUGCCUCAAAUACUAAAUAGCUACUAUGCUUACUGAUUUAUUUUCGGUAUUUUUUUACCGUUAUUUUUAGUUACAUUUUGUCAGUUUUAUUACGAAAGCUUAGCGAUGUGGUUUGUUUAUCAAAUACUUUUGCAUUUUUGGUUCUAGUCAUUCGUUUAAAUGAACGCAGCUAUAUACAAGAAAAAAAAGAGUUAUAUACGGAGUACAAGAAAGACUUUUAGUCGAGUACAUAUAAACAGUUGUAUAUAUAUAUAUGAGCAUUGGUGGGAAAUAUGAUAAAGCACCAUCGUAGCUUAGGACCUCUUCAUCGUGAAGGAAAGGAUUUUCUUAUCGAUCUGCCUAAAUGGUAAGUAAAGAUAUAGGCUGGACAUCAGUAUUACUUAAGAAUGAAUUUGGAAACCUUUACACUCAUAAUUUCUAGUUGCAACAGAACUGCGUAUUUUUAUUAACGCCGUUAUGACUUUUUACUUUAUGCCUUAUAUAUUGCAUUUUACACGUUUAAUAAAUGAGUCAGUUUGCUCUUUUUUUGGCGAAACAAAAGUGGAAACAUAAAGAAAAUGUAAUUUUUGUGUGUGUGUGAAUGAAAAGCAUACUUUAAAGCACGUUUUUAGGAAGUUUACUAUAUGUAUUUGUUUAUGUAAAAGAAUACAGUUUUGCAUUGUAUGGUGAUGUACGAUAAGCUUUAUUUCAAACGUAAACUCUGCGUCAGUCUUUAACUCAUCUGUAUUCUAGCUCAAUUGUUUACUUUCUAGCUAAGCAUUAGUAAGGUAAAAAAAAAAAAAAUCUGGUAUUGUAAAAUCCUCAAUAAUGUGUUUAAGUAAGGAGAUACUGACCUUAAUGUCAUAUACUUGACCUUUUGUGCAUAUCCACUUCUGAAGUCUUAGAGAGGAAGUGCAUAAUCAGAUUUCUUUUAAACAGCAUUUCACAAUGGAGAAUUUUGUUUUGGUCCUGAUGGCAAUGUGCAUAAUUCCAUACAGCAAAUCGUCUCUAGACAUUUUAUACAUACCACUUGACUUUCAUUGCUAAUGAGAUCGUUACUUUUUUGACAAGAGAACUUGUAUGUAACCGGGCUGUGGUUUACAUUACUACUUCAUUUUUAUUUUGAGUUUUAUCGUGCACUUUUAAGCUAAUAAACUUAUCUGGAUGAA